AUGGAGGACACUCAGCUCCAGCAGGGCAAUCAGCUGCAGCACGAGAAUGCGGUGGCGUACAACGCGCUUGCCACAGCCAUUGACAACAUAAUGCUGAAACUCGGAUUCCAGGACGGCGGCGACUUGUACAUGAAUGCCACACCGCCCGACCGCGGUGAACGCCUUCCGCCUAUGAUCUUCGAAACCGGCACACUAAUGUAUGGCAUUGUUCCCAAGAGCAGAUCUUGCAAAAUCAUCUGUGUCGCCGAAAUGUCACACAAGCUUUUCUGGGAGCACUUUCGAGAGAGUCUAGGUACUGUCACAGAUUCCGAGUGCGGCCCCUUCUUUGAACCUGGAAGCAGCUUCCUCCACCAGCAAUGUGAACCGAAAGUUGGGAGAUGCUAGCUGACCCUGUGGCAGGCUUGAGUGCGGAUACUGGUGCCGCACCGUCAACGCGUCAGAUAACCAUCCAUACAAGUUCAAUUCCUGGCCUAGAUCUCAAGCCAGGCGCCACCAUACAAUUUUUCCAUAGUCGACAGGACUGGAGUACGUUCGAAAAGUGCAGAAAGACCCUGGGGCAAGAGCACGCAUGCAUCGAGCCGGGGAACUACGCUGGUGAAUUCGAGCUCUGGCGCAGCAUGCAGUCUCCGCCGACUCUAUCUCUCGCGGAACUCAAGAACCCUCGCGCGAGUGUGACGCAAAUGCAGCGCUUUCGCCACGGCUACCUCGUUUUCCGGCGAUGGGCAGACUUGAUGGGUCUGUUCUCUGAUGUGCCAGAAUAUGGCUAUCUUUCGGAGAAAUGCCUCUGCGAACUUUUUCGUCGUGCUGCUCUCGAGAUUGGUACCAAUUGGUCCUCGGUGUUGCAUGUCUUGGCAUCAAAGACCUUCCAAGAAAUUAUCGAGAAGAAAGCAAUCAGUGUGCUUCUACCCAACGGAACAAAUCUCGCUGCCAAUGUGUACACCGAGCACAAGGAUGCCAUCAUCAGUACUAUUGCCGAUGGCUCAUGCACCGCGCAGCCCUGGGAUCAAUGGCCAGAAGUAGGCGUGCAGCUCUUCUCCCGCGGGUGCUCCACUUACUUGAAGUACGAAGCGCACUGCUGGAACCUACAAGAGAACGAGGAGGUUGCUAUCACGGUGCGCCUGCUGCUGGAGAAAUACAUGCAAAUAGUGCGAAAUAACCCCAAAUUGAAGGCUCGACUCUGGCCACGACCUCUGAAGAAUGAGCAGAAGGGCGACUACUUGUACCUGAUUGGUCUUCAGUUCCACGCGGAAGAUGGGGCAGGGCUAUCCGAGUUACUCGACCAUGUGAAAGACGCGAACUUGUGGGAGUCUUACCACAGCGGCUGGUAUCAUAGGGUCGAUCACGUGGACGAAGAAGAAGCUGCCACUUUACUUGCCAGUUCGCAGUUCGAAAAUGAGACCGAGGAGUGCGAGAGUACAAUAUCAUCAGCCUCUGCUUCCGCCAAGCGCUUCCGGUUUGCCUCUGAGGCCAUGAGUCGGCUGUGUCACGACGAGAAACAUAUGUACAGAAAGUACGAAAUUGGCUAUCUGGAUCGAUUUGAGAAGGAAUUGCUGUGGAAAGACCUCGAUAAAUGGGUUCCUCGAAAGCACUCAGAAGCUGAUGACUUCGUCCCAAUACACCGCGUCCAGAAGAUCAGGACCACUGAGGAUAAGUCUAUCAUAUGGGAUCGAGCAAACAAGACCGACAACACAUGA